AUGGACGUCGCCACGCCCGCAGACCCCAACCGCUGGAGCAGCCCCCGCAGCGGCGCGACCAGCGCAAAGAGCUCGGGGGCGGGAUAUGGCACUCGACGAUAUCGACGAUGGCGUGGCUCUUCUCUCCGAAAAGCCGAUCAGGACGCAGCCGCCCUUGGUUUCGGCAUGGAGGGUCGCGCAGCGGCAGCUGCGUGGCGGCGAGAGAUGCGCCGGCCGCAGCAGCGCCGUCAGCCUUGCGCGUCGAGGGCGGAGGCGAUCCGGUCGGUGACGAAGCCCCGCAUAGCUUUCAUCGUCGAGAUGCUGGGCGCUGGCAUCCGCCACAGCGCGGGAAAUGACCGCAGGGCGGCGUCUGAUGGUGCAGGCCCGGCACGGCAACGCCGUCGGCGGACAGGAGUGUCGCCGGGGCGGCAAAUGCGGCAUGACGCCCGUUUUCCGGUCACGCCGUCGCCACGCGCGCGACGCGGAUAA